AUGACAAAGAAGUUGAUCAUCAUCGGAGCCGCCCCGACCGCCUUGGGCUUCGCCUACCGUCUCAACGAGUUGUGCGAGGAGGGUAACGAGGAGGCCAAGAACGUCGACCUUCAAAUCUUUGAACAAGUAAGUACUAGGCUAUGUCAAAAAAAAUUUCUUGUAAAUUACUAUUUUACAACAAUGCUGAUGUCUACAAUAUUUUGAUAUAGUACAAAAAACUGAAAGUCUGAAAUUAAAGGAAGAAAUCGCCGGCGGCCUUUCCCGCUCCGAACGUGAUGACAAGGGAUUCUUGUGGGACAUGGGAGGCCACAUCACCUUCAGCGAGAACUGCCCUUACUACGAGAAGGCCACUCGUUGGGCCGUCGAUGACUGGAACUCUCUCCAACGUAACUGUCUGGUCGACAUGAACUACUUGUUUGACAAGAAGGGUAUCCACUUGGUCCCAUACCCAGCUCAAUUCGCCGUACCUUUGUUCCCCGACGAGGUCAAGAACAACUGCUUGGCCGAGUUGAAGGAACGUUACGAGAAGAGCGACGAAUCUUCUCCAGUAACCUUCGAAGACUGGAUUCUCAAGAACUUUGGCCCCACCAUCCUCAACUGCUUCUUCAAGCCAUACACCAAGAAGGUAUGGACUGUUGACACCGCCAAGAUGUCCCCCAACUGGGUCGGUACUCGUGUGGCCAAGCUUCCUCAAGAGAAACUUGAAUCUCUCUGCGCCAUGAACAAAGAUGAGUUGGCCAAGGCUGACUUCGGAUGGGGACCAAACGCUUGCUUCACCUUCCCCAAGUACGGAGGAACUGGUGCCGUUUGGCAAAAGAUGGCCAACAAGUUGCCACAAGAGUGGAUCAAGUACAACCACAAGUGUGUCAACGUUGACUACAAGAACAAGAAGAUCACCGUCCAGAAGAAAGACGGUUCGACCCAAGAAGUGGAAUAUGACGCUUUGGUCAGUACCACCCCAGCCGACCAAUUGGUCCAACACACCAAGAUCUGCCCCGAGAUCAACGUCGAGCACAACAAGGUGUUCAUCGUUGGAGUCGGCCUCGAGUUGCCUAUGCCCGAGAGCAUGAAGAGCUACACCUGGUUGUACUUCCCCGACCCAGCUGUGCCAUUCUACAGAGUAACCUUCUUGUCAAGGUACGGUGAAAUGACUCCAGACAGCAACAAGUACUGGUCGGUGAUGGUGGAGUGUGCCCGUCAACCUGACGACCCAGUGACCGAAGAGGAGAUCAAGAACGCCUCGGUCGAAGGACUGAUCACCAAGGAGAUCAUCAAGAGAGAUCAGAUCGUGUCUGUCUGGUCCACCACCCUCCCCUACGGAUACCCAAUCCCAACUGUUGAGGUAAGUGAAGCUUUGAUCUUAAAUUCUAUAACUGACAGCAUAUAAUCAGAAUCAAUAGUCAUAAUAAUAUAAUAAUAAUACUUUCUUCAGCGUGACAACGAAAUGGCUCGUGCACACCGCGCCUUGGAAGCCCACGACAUCUACAGCAGAGGACGUUUCGGUGGAUGGAAGUACGAAGUGUCCAACCAGGACCACUGCUUCAUCCAAGGAAAGGAAAUCGCCGACCGACUGGUCCUGGGACAAGAAGAGAAACUGUACCGCACUGGGCUGACGGAGAAGCGCGGUUAA